CUCCAAGGCUCCAAUGCCACCCCCGUUCAGCGCAUUGAAGCAACGGCCCCCAGCGCUGUUCCUGCCUAGCUGCAGUUCAAGCCUCCACUGUCCAAGACAGUCCAAGCAUCAUCACCAACACCGCCAAACAAAUCUAGCCUCCAGCGCCAACCCCCCAGAUCCCCAAGACCGAGAACACAGCAAUCGGGUAAUUCACGAACUUCGCCCUUGACUCGAGCCGGACAUUCUUCAAUCGCAACCAUCAACCCCUCCUAAUUAACAGAACGCGGGCCACUCACACCGCCGUCACCACCUCAACCAACCAACCAACCAACCAACCAACCACCAAAGCCACAAUGUCCAUCAUCCAGCAACACACGCAAGCAACGCUCAGCGACGCCUGGCGCACCAUCAACAUCGACGCUCUCACCGAAGACUCACCCGUCAACUUUGACGUCUCCACGCUCCACCCGCCCCUUCCGGAAAUCAGCGAGGCCGACGCGCGCGCCAUCAACGGGCAGGUGCGGCAGCUGCUCAGGGGCGGCGACGCCGAGGGCGCCUUGCGCGGGUGUCUGGAGAUGCCGGUGUACAACGGGUCCGAAGCGGCCAAGGAGACGCACCUGCACACGGUCAUCGAGGUGCUGCAGAGCAUCAAGGCGAGCGAGAUGACGCCCAUGUUGCAGCGGAUUUAUGGACAGCAGGGGGGGAGCGAGUGUUUGGAUGUUUUGAUGAAGUAUUUGUACAAAGGCAUGGGCGCCACUUCCUCCUCCUCCGCCGCCGACGGCUCCGGCAGGGCGACGCCCGCUCGCGCCAUGACGCCCCAGGCUACCGGGUUCAGCCAAGUUGGCCAGCGCCCUAUGGCCGCGAACGAGUCGACUGGUUCGGCUAUGAGCGUUCUGUUGAGCUGGCAUGAGAAGGUUGUCGAGGUUGCUGGGUUGGGUUGCAUAGGCCGCGUCAUGACUGACUUCAGGAGGGUAUAAAGAGGUUAUAGAGGGGGGAAGGGAAAGCUGGUUGUUGGUUUGAAGCGAUGCGUUAUGCGAUUCGAGGCGAUAUAUACACCAUUACACAGCAAUAAUACAUGCGCAUUACACAUCAU